AUGACUACUCAAACAAUCACCGAUGAGAAAUUAUCACAUCAAGUAUCAAUAAACAUACCCUUUGAGAGUGAGAAACAAGCGCUGAUUGCAUGCAACAGUUUAUCACCAGACCUAAUUUUAAGAUCAACGGAACUAAGUGUUUCCUGUAGAAGUUCUGAUAGAAACUUAAUAUGUGAAUUUAGUGGUUCAAGUGAUAGGGUUAUAAGAGUUGCUAUUAGCAGCGUUAUUGAUAACUUAAAAACUAUAAUAGAGUGUAUGGAUGAGUUCGACGCUAAGGAGGAUGUGAUCUUUACUGAAGCAUAA